AUGCCCAAGUCAAAGCCUCACCACGAAACGGCUCCGAACGAGAACCCGUACGACGUCCUGGGCGCGGGGAACGAAAAGGAAGAAGAAGGCCAGAAGAGUCAGCAUCAUCCGUCCCGAAAAGGCGAGAUGCGGCAGGACGUCAGCUCGGAUUUCUCAGUAUACCACGCUACCCCUGGACCGGCGAUUCCCAAGGACUUUGACGUCAAGCAGGAGGGCACCAAGGAGGAGAGACGGGCCAAGGCGGCGGAAUGGAACAAAUGA